CCCUAUCAUUGGUUUGUCAUAAACGGCCAUUUCGACACAAUAUUAAAAAAAAGAAAAAUCGUAAAAAUUCGUCUUAAAUAUAGACUCACGCGCUUAUAUGCGAGGGAGUUAGAAAUUAUUGUAGCUUACCUAGCCGAUUAUAUAUACAGUAUCGAUCUACAUGCCAAAUUAAAACCCGAAGUCCGUGAGCAAAGACAAAGGUUUAACAGCCAACAUACCGGACGGGAAAGCCCUGCGACACACGGGGACAAAAGAUCAUUCACUCAUUCAAGUUUUUCAAGUCGUCGGAUUCAGUUUUAAUUCAGCAAAAAGAAUGACAGCUUUCGUACAAGGAAACUUAAACAAAUUAUGUUUUCCCUGCAAAUUUUUCUUUUUGAAAACCAGGUUUCUUUUGAACGAAAAACUGACUUGCCGUAUUUUUUUUUUUUUGUGAAAAUGUUUCGUGUUUUUCACACAAUAUAGCCUAUAGGUAAAUAAAAUUUGUAUUCAGUCGAAACUAGUCUUGUCAUUGGUGAAAAGGGCGACUUUUAGCAUUGCUGUGAAAAGAAAAGUUGUCCACCAAUGACCAAACUUAAAUAAAAAUAUCAAAAAACCAACAUACCUCUGAAUCCAUGACAGCAAAACUCCAAAAUGGCGGUGUCUAGAGCUGAAUGCGUUUUUCUUUUCAAGUAUUUUUGGCGGGAAAUUAAUUUAUGCAAGAAUGACAAUGAUAAAUUACAAAUGGCGCGAAAUAAUUAAGAGCAAAGCAAAGCUGAAGUGAAUGCACAUAAUCAUUUUUUAUAAAUUUUGCAACGACUUUCCACUAUGUCAAGUAUGAUAUAAUGGUGUACAAUUGUAAUCGUUGUGAUGGGUUUACAACCACUCAACUUGUUCGACUUCUCAGCCACAUCGGCAGAUGCCAUAGUUAUGAGCCUGGGUUUCAUGUUCUGUGUGGAAUAGAAGAGUGCACUAGAACGUACACAAACUAUAAUGCAUUCAGAAAUCAUGUCAGGAAACACCAUUCCAACCUUUUAGAGGAAGCAAUUGGAAUUGUUGAUAUACCAGAAAACCGUAUAGAACUUGACGUUGAGGAACCAGCUGAAUUGAUACACGAGGAAGAGUUUGACAUAGAAAGGGAACAAGGCAAGAUUAGAAGAAACAAUGCUUUUUGUCUAAUGCAAAUAAAGGAAGAAGGAAAACUGACACAAACAAAUUUGGAUAAUGUAGUGAAUCGAGCUACACAAGUAGUUCUCAACAGCAUAGAUAUGGUGAAGAAAGGUGUAGCUGAGAGAUUAGAUGCAUCUGGAAUUAACUUUGACGACAUACCUGGAUUAAAAGAGUUGUUUGAGAAAGAAAACCAGAUAUCUGACCCGUUUAAGGACAUUGCCAACUUUAGGGAACAAGUAAAGUAUUACAGGGAAAAUUUUAAUCUUGUGGUAAGUUUUUCAAAUGUUUUAAAAUCGGAGCCAUUUAUGUAUGGCAUACAUUGUAUGCAGUCAUUGCAGUGAGGGGCCAAGCUAGGGGGUUAAUUUGUAUAUUCAAAGAACAAUAAAAAUGACUGAAUGAACAAUUGAUCUAAUUGCUUUUCCUAAGGGGAGAGACCAACAUUUUAAAUAUUUUUAUACAUUAAGGUACGAAAAGCAUAGAUCAAUUGUUCAUUGUCAUUUCUAUUGUUCUUUGAAUAUUCAAAUUAACCCCCUAGCUUGGCCCCUUACUGCAAUGACUGCAUACAUAAAUGGUGACCACAUGAAUCAAAGUUAGAACAGAUGUUAAUAUCUUGGCCAGUGUGAGAUCGAGAAAUAGGAAAGUACAUAUGAUUCUGUCCAGAGGUUGCGCCAGAGGGAUGCCGGUAUUGGAUAAGUUAAUUAGCACUCUCAGGUGGAUAUGCAGAAGUCCAUGACUCAGAAAAUGACUAUGAAAAAGUGUUUGAUUUUAAUUGCAAUAUAACAAAUGUCAUAUUUUAAUGCAUAUAAGGACAUUGCCAAAUUCCCUAAUUGUAGAUUCACACUUUACAAUAUCUAAUUAUAGUAUAACUUUGAUUAUUGCUGGGUUUAUAUUCUGAAUUUUUUGCGCGACAUGAAGUGAAAACAAAUUUCGACACUGAUUCGUUGUCAAAACUAUAUUUGGUGCAAAAAAUUUUUUGCUAACCAAUCACAUUGCCAAAAUUUGUUUUCGCCUUGGCGCGAAAAAAUUCCCUAGUGGAGAACGGGCUUAAUGCAGGUAUCGACAGAAAUUAUGGCUUGUACUCCAUGCAUGCCUAAAUAUGUUAUGUCCUGAGAAGGGAGUCAUCUGCAGUUACAACUACCGGUACCCUAUCCUGACCUUACCCUACAAUACCCUUCCCCUAUAGUAUCCUUCCCCGCCUUGGGACAUAAUAAUAGACUAUAUGAAAUAACUUAAUUACUGAAAUUAUUUUUAAAUUCAGGAGCCACAUUCUAUUGUCCUGGGACAGUACCAUGUAAAAGUAAGGCGUGGAAGCAAGUUGAAGCUUGUUAUGAAAAAUGAAGAAGCUUAUUAUGUGCCACUACUUGAAAGUCUGCAAGAAUUAUUAAACAAUGAGUCAGUCCUAGAAGAGGUAUAAAAUAAUUGACAAAUAUUUGUUCAUUUUCAAUAAAUAGUCCAUUAGUCCAUUAAAUCUAGUCCAAUAGUUAAUUUUCAAUAGUCUAUAAUAAAUUUCAAUAAAAUAUAUUUCCCAAGGGAGGGGAGCAUUUCAAUGAGGGAUUAUGAGGCCCAUGUAUAGUCCUUAUGAUCGGAUAAUUUCUUAACUUAUAUAGAAGCUGCUCAACAUAUCUACUGGAUGUAUUGUUACUUAGUGGAUAUUUUAAUUAAAUUCUAUCCUUGUUGUUCAUUCGUUCUUGUUUGUUUAAAUCUUUAAAUUAACAGAUUGAAAAUCCUCACACAAGAAAUGAUGGACUUCUCAGUGACUACUGUGAUGCAGAGGCGUACCGAACCCAUCCAUUAUUUUCAAGAAAUCCCAAAGCACUGCAACUUAUUUUGUACUUUGACAAUGUGGAGAUCUGCAAUGCGCUCGGAUCCAAGGUUAUCAAACAUAAACUUGGUAGGCAGUGGAAGCUAGCAUGAGCUACAUGUCAAUUUAUAAUUAUUUAAAAUUUUGUCUUCACAUUAAUAGAUGGGAGGUUAUAGUUUAGUAUAGUGGUGUUUUGAGCAGUUUUGCAGAGAGAGGGUCUGGGCAACAGACUCAUUGCCGGUAGUGUGUUGGGGGUUAUUUGCCGGAUAUACCGAAGCCGAAGGAUACAGUUUAUAUGUCAGGUACAACAUGGACGUGAAUGCUGUAUUAAUAGCUUGUGUGAGACCUAAAAAUUGGGUCAUUCCAGAAUACAUCCAUACUUCCCCCAUGGAGGAAACUGGAAAUUAUAAAUUAUUAAUUACAAAUUAAUGUAUUAAGGUUGUCAGAGACAAUUGUCAAAUUAUGUACAAUAUGAGCGUGAAAAAAUGAUGGGAAUAAUCAUAAUAAACAUUAAAAACUAUGAUUAUUCCCAUCAUUCUUUCACGCUCAUAUUGUACAUCUCUGACAACCUUAUUUGAAAUAGAUGUAUAUGUUUCGAGCAAACAUAAAUUUUCACUUAAUUACCUCAAAGUUCCGCAACAAGCUGUUUCAUCUAGAAACAAUCUUCAGUCGGUAUGACAAGUUUCGAAAAAAAAAGUUGCUCAGUUAUAUGUGGUUUGGGGAAACGUGGGAGUGUGUGGGUUGGACAAUUAUGCAUGCAUUCAUAAUCUUUGUGCUGUUUACGCGAACAUUCUUUCGAUAACGACAUGUUGAAAUAAUCUUGGCUCUAUCAGAAUGCACUUAGACAUGCAUAUAGCAACUUUAAUCACGAUCUUAUAGCUACACUCAAUAUAGCAACCACACAGGAGUAGGCAACGAACCAAUGAUGCCACCAUUUAGCAGCAGUGUUAGCACAGACUUAGGGCGUCAUUUCUUGCUAAGUUUUAUUCAGCCUCAUACCCAGGGUCUUUCCUCUUGUGGAGAAAAGACCCUGGUCACGUGAUCUGCUAAAAUCUAGCAGAAUUCUAAUUGACUAUCCUGGAUUCCUGGCUGAUAAUCAUACAAAAUGCAAACUAUGAAUUAAAUUGUAAAAAUUAUCCAAAUAUCAAAUAUUAAAGCCCAGUUUCCAUUUGGUCGUUGGUUGUCGCUGGCACGACAAGCGUUAGAUGAGAAAUAGUCUAAUAUCAAUAGUCUUUUUGUGUGUUAUAUGCAAAUCAGUCUUAAUGAUUGCAGAGUUUUAUAAAGUUUUGUUGACACUCUAUUACAUCAGCCACUUGUCGUGCCAGCGACAACUAACGACCAAAUGGAAACUAGGCUUUAUUGACCUCAUCUUGGAUUGCAUUAAAAAUCUGCUAGAUUUUAGCAGAUCACGUGACCAGCGUCUACCAGGGUCUUCUCCCCUCUCCAAGAGGAGAGACACUGGAUAUGAGGUUGAGUUUUAUUGACAAGCACUUUCCACCACAACACAAGGAUCUUUAACAGGAAAACAAUCAAAAUAAGUUAUAGCCGCAUGAACAAUGUUAAGUCAAUAAUCACUAAGGACAAUCCACACAUAUAGUUAGGAAUAACAAUUAAGCCACAGGAUAAGGACACUAUCAAUUGCAGUUGUGAUUUUAAUUACAGAUGAGAAAUAUUGAAGGAAAAGCCUGUUGAAAUGAAAAUGCGAUAUUUCUUUGUUGACAUGCAUGAGAUAAUCUGUGAACAUUUCAAAAUACUUAAUAUAUAAUAUAUAUCACUUUCAAUUGACAAAAAAUACUAUGAAUAAUAUUUCAAUUUUCGUCACAGUGACAUUUUUUGGGACACUACUAUAUAUUUGCAUACAAUUUGUCAGUCCGUAAUGCUGUUAAUUAUUUCUUUUAUGAAUGUACUUAAUUAUAUUUCUUAUUUUUUUUAAGGAGCAUUCUAUUACACCAUUGCUAAUAUUAAACCACAGAAUAGAUCACAUCAGAAUGCCAUCCAGCUACUUGCUCUAAUCACAAGUCCUUUACUGAAGAAGUACGGUCCAGAUGCAAUUUUAGACAAAUUUAUGUUGGAAUUGCACGAACUUGAAAAGGUCUGCAGCUUUCAGAAGCGUUAUUAGGCCUAAUUGUAUUGAAAAUCAUAUACUGUAAUUUGUAAAUAAAAUCUUGAUUGUAAUCUUCUGUGACUGGUUGUAUCAAGGCCGGAUAUAUGAUAGCACUAUUCUCCGGAUAGCUAUUUUUUCAAGCUUCCCCAAAUUGUCCGUUGGUUGGUGUAAUCUAGCUAGAUUAAACUUUACAAUAACAUGUAAAGUUUCUUUUUAUUAUUUGUGAGGUCCACAUGUGUAAUUUUACAGUUUUUUGAGUAUUUUUACAACGGUCGAAAAAAUCACUAUCCGGGGGAUAGUGUUAUCUGGCCUUGAUACAACCGGCCCCUGCAUGCUAACCUUCUCGGUAUGUGUAUGUACAUGAGCACAGUAUGUGUGUGUGCUCCUUACAAUACGAGAAAGAUUAGCAGAACGCAAACUUUAAAUGAAUAAGGCAUUGUGAUAGAAAACAUGAUCAUGAAAUUUUAAGAUAUUUAGACUAGUCUAUCUAAAAGAUCAGAAAACGAACUUAUGCAUGCGAACCAACUUUUUUGAAGUAUAAAAGGUGGUCUAGUUGAAGACAUGUUAACAUUUGCUGUUAAAUUAAACUUAUAUUAAAAUGUUUUGACAUUUUUGUUUAUGUACAUAAAAUUAUUCAAGUUGUGAUCAAAUCACUGUGUUAUAAUAUACUUGUAGGAUGAAGGACACGAGUUCACAAUAAAUGGUGAAAAGCAAAUAUACCAAGGCACAGUAAUAUUUUUCUCAGCUGAUAAUCUUGGGGCUCAAUUCAUUGGUGGAUAUAAGGAGGGCGCCCAAGCUCACCGAAAAUGCAGGGACUGUAUGGGAAGUGAAGAAGAGAUUCAAAAUCUUGUAAGGCACAAUUAAGUUAUACUUAUUGUUGCUAAUAAUUACUCAAUGUUACAGACUGAGUAUAUCUCGAAGAUCAGUUGUUUUCUGUGCCAAAACAGGUUGAUCGAAAUGGUUAAUUUUUAUUUUUUAUCAAGUUUCAUGAGAAGUACUUUGAAAUGAGAACUAAAGCUGGUUAUGAGGAACAGUGCAGACUUGUUCAAAAUGGUGAACACUUCAGUUAUGUCUAUGGCAUCAACAGAAGAUCUCCGUUGAACGAGUCAACAUAUUAUCACGUUGUUGGUGGACUGCCUGGUGACUGCAUGCACGAUGUCUUAGAAGGAGUUCUGCAAUACGAAGUCAAAGAACUGUUACUACAGCUUAUCAAAGUAAAACGGUUAUUCACCUUGGAGGAACUUAACAGACGGUCUGCAUGCUUCGAUUUUGGUUAUUACAAUGAUACUAACAAGCCAAGCCCAAUUGGAGAGAAUAAGUUAAACUCGGCAGAUCACAGUCUGAGACUACAUGGUAAGCAUUAUGCACGUUUAGUGAACAUUUUUCAUUGUCAAUUAAAGACCAUGUAAACUCCGUUCUGCGCAUACGUUCUACGCAGGCCUACAUUCCAAUGGUUGGGACCAACCAUUGGAAUGUUGAUAAUAUUUCGCACAUUUCGAACUUUCUUGAACUAAACUUUAUUUGUAUUCAUGUACCAUCAUAGAGAACCAGAAAAGUGUUAAAAAUUCAUAUAAUAAUUAUAUAUCUAAUCAUAUUUUUAUAGCACUGAGUUCAAAAUGUAAACAAAGCGUUUGUUUACAUUAUCGACUUUACAUGGCCUAUAAAAGAUAAAAUAUUUGAAAAAAGGUUAUGAAGGUCAGAAAGAUUAAGAUAGUUAUGUUGAAAACAUUAAUUUUUGCAGCAAGUACCACCUCAAAUUCGCAUUUGUUAACGAGGCUGGUACUAAAAUUACCCACCCACUCAUACAUAUGGUAUGCAGUAGCAUUGCUGAAAUGCAUUGAUGCAUUUCCUAAUUCUUUGUUUGCAAUCACGCGACUUUUCAUCCAAAUGACGGGCAAUCAAACAACUUCUGAACGAUUUUUCUCCUAUCAGAAUGGUUGUAGAAAAAAACAACUGAACGGUAAUUCAUCUUUUGAGUCUUAAACUGUCUCCUAACUUGAUCAACACAUUAAAAUAGCCGUUUUUUUAUGCCUGCCCGUCACCUGAAAUCCCAAAAUAAAGUUGUUUUAUGAAAAGUAAUGGUGCCUUAAGUUUUAAGAAUGAAGCCUCGCUUUGGUUCUAAGAGAACAUGGCGUCAAAGCGAGGCUUGAUUGCGAGAACAAUGGCAUGAACUAAGCCUUCUUCUUUGUUCUUGUGCAGCUGUUCAAAUGUGGUGUUUUGCAAGAUAUCUACCACUCUUAAUUGGCACACUGGUUCCAGAGAAUGACGAUCACUGGCUUCUAUUUCAAAAAAUGCUCCGCAUAAUAUCCAUCGUGUUUUCUCCAACGAUCAGCACUAAUCAAGUGGCAUACCUUCAAGUCUUAAUAGAUGAACAUCACAGGGAGUUCAAAACAUUGUAUCCGGAGAAACCAAUAAUACCAAAGAUGCAUUAUAUGGUUCACAUGCCAAGCACUAUUUUGAGGUACAAUGAUAUUUAGAGUAGUAUAGGUGCAAUAUUAUUAAAAAUAGGAGGUUUAAUUUUGCAAAUUUUGUUUACGCUGUAAUUGCUCUCAACCGUGUAGAUUGGGUCCCCUGGUACGAUCUUGGUGUAUGCGUUUUGAAGCGAAGCAUAGCUACUUCAAAAAACUUGCCAAUGUGAUUGGUAAUUUUACAAAUGUUGCUCAAACACUGUCAUACCGACACCAACACUGGAUGUGUUACAAGCUGCAUACAUCAAGUGCAAACUUGGGCACUUUUAUGGAAAAAGGUGUGCAAGUUGGACCAGGUAAAAAUUGAUUUAUUUCUAAAUUAAAGUACAGCAACCCUUACAAGAUGUAAGAAAAAUAGGUACGCGAUGCGUUCAUGUAUCUGCGAAAAAAACUUGAUUCACAUUUUGUAUUUUCUUGAAAGGAACUGAGCAGGGACAACCCCCUAUUAUGAUUGUAACAGAUAAUUAUGUAAUCUGGAAAUAAAAAUUUAAUGCAAACAAUAUUCGAACUGUCUAUAGCAGCCGGCUAUUCAUUAAACUGUCACUUGUCAACCUCCAUACUUAUCGAAUUUUCAAAACUUUAAUGUAAUCAUAUGAAGCAAAAGUUCUGUCACUUGUUGUUUACACUUGCCAAUGUUAACUGUUGAGUAACAUACACAAAUUAUUCGAGGAACAUGCAUUACUGUAGCAAUGGGUCAAUCAUAUAUUGAAGACCACUGAAUAGUAGAGAAUGUUUUGAAGGUCAUGAGUGAAGUAUAUCAUUCAAUUCCAAUCCUGUGCACAGUUAAUGAUAUACCACACUGAGUUUAGUUUUGUUACUUUUGUACAUUGUGUGCCAUUGAUCUGAUCCAUCCAUAUAUAAUGUAUGGUUAUUGUAACUGUUACGUUAUUUCCCAUACUAAUGAAUUUAGGCAAGAUUGUCUUGCAAGUGUUAUUUACUUGCAAGUAUUAACAUUUGUGUUAGAAAGCAAAAUGAUGACAGCUUAGUUGGACUGUUGUUUUGAACAGAGUUACAGAAAUACAGGACCAGGAUUUAAUACAUUGUUCAGCACUUGGCAAAUAUAUUGCCUGCUGUGUUUUGACUGUUUAAUAACACGAGGCCCAGACGAUGCCCGUUCGCAGGUUAGAUGCGGGCACGAUGUGAACAAUUGAUGUAAGCUAAUCGCUGAUUGGCUUAUCUAAUUAAAUUUAUAUAAGCUCGUCGGUGAAUGGCUAUGUGCUAACACACGGUACCGUACGUUUGCGAUAGCAUAUAUACAGUAUCUUCUUCGCAGAUACAAAAAUGCGUGGAAACACUCGCCUGCUUGCUCAUUUACCCAUCAUAUGAAAUUUCUCUUACUCACUCACUCUCUUUCUCAACUCUUUUUUUACACUUUUAAAGGAAAGUCGGUUCUUGCUGGAGAUGCCGAGUACUUCGACCUGCUAAAUCAAGAACAACCAGAAAUCCAUCGUGACACAUGGUUAACAGAGUAUGUAUAGAGUAUUGUGUUAAAUUUUAAAAACUUACAAACUCAAAUAAUUAUACGAUAUUUACAAGAGUCAAGUUGAAUGACGACUUCAUAAUUAAGAUUUUAUUAACUGUGGAAGCUACUGUGCGCUUCAAUAGGAAAAAAUGUUGUGUCAGUGCACAAAAAGAAAUGACAAAUAAAAUACAUACACUUUGAUACAAUCAAGUGCUUGGAUAAUUUAGUGCUUGCAUAUUUACAACUGGCAUUGAAACAUUUCACCGUUCUAUAAACCUAUUUCCUUAAUAACUUAUACAAUCUUACAGAUCGGCACGUCUAUAUUUAGUUAUAUUUGCUCUUAAUGCCUGCAGCAAUCCCUAACUUGCAGGUACUCUAGUUAUAAUAUAGCAUUUGUAAAUUAUGAACGCUGAUUAGCUAAGAGCCGUCGGUGUUGAUAUAACUCAAAGUCAACACGGAAAUUUCUCCUUUUCAUUACUUAUUUCCUAGUGCUAUAUUAUUAAAAAAAUAUAAAACAUCUUUUCGUGUUGAUAUGGAGUUAAACAAACAUUCGUGAAAGUUGGGAAAAAUCGAAAUUUUGUGAAUACACUCGCCCUUUGGGCGUCAUGUUUCCACAAUAUUUCUUAGUUUCCCCACUUCCAUGCACUCGUCAACGGUACAUCACCCUCGACAAAUACCAACACCUUAAUUCAUAUACCAUUUAAAGUGCAUGUAUAUUAUUAAGACCAAGUAUUAAGUGAAUGGGAAUUACGAAAGACUCAGCUCAACGUCAUCGAUUAUUGUACACUAAAAUACAUCGCUCAACGGCGACUGUGUGCCUUAAGGCUCAUCUCCACUGUUGCGUUUUUCAUAUACGUACGUAUACGCACGUAAAACUUUUAAUCCGUUUAAAUGUUACUUAUGAAAUAAGCAAAUAAAUAAAGCAACAGAACUUAGUGUUCCGCAAGUUUUUAGCAUGCAUUUGUUAACUUCUAUAUUUGUAAAAUAUUUAAGAAAUAGAAGGAUUCAAAGUUUUAUGUGCGUACGAAAAACGCAACAGUGGAAAUCAGCCUUUAAGUGGAAUGCAUGUGGUGCAGAAAAACGUAGGUAUAUCUGAAUAUUAUAUAAUUACUUUUAAUCGUUUAGAUCCAAAUGGGUUGAAAUCAAUGGGACAAAAUACAAAGUUGGAUGUUUUCUCGAGGUGGGCACUCAUAAUGAAGAGCCAGAAUACGCAGAAGUAAAGAAAAUACUGGUCCAAAGGGAUUUAACAAGUAUACGAUUUCUAACUUCCACGUGCAUAACGUCGUGUUGGAAUGAUCACUUUCAGGCCUAUGAAGUGAAGAAACGUCCACAGCAAAUCAACUUCGAGCUGGUGAAACACUGCCAAUUGUCAUAUUUCCUACCUUUGCAUAUGGUAAAGCCAUCUGGUCAUCAUACUAUGAUGAAGUGUAUUGUUCCAAGAUAUGAAAUUGGCAAAUAAAACAACUAUCUAUUUCAACACAAUUGAUGUAGUUACUAAUUUGUUAAUUAAACUAUGGCAUGGAGAUACACGUCUAUGGGGAGAAUCGUUGAAACCUUGUUUUGACUCCUGUAAUCGACACAACUCAGAGCAGAAUUUCGUUAUAAUUCAGAACAAUUCAAUAAUUGCCGGGGAUAUCCGAAAGUCGUUUUAACUCGAAAAUACUGCUCUUGACUCUGUUAUAGAAUAUUGUUAUAGAAUGUUAUUCACGAGUCACAUUUUACUAUAAUGUAGGAGUUGUUUUUACUACGUUGAAGGAGUUAUAUUAAUUGUGAAGGAAGGAUGAGUCACAAUAACUCUUUUUUACUUUAAUGUGGGAGUUGUUUUUACUACGUUGAAGGAGUUAUAAUAAUUCUUAGGGAAGGAGUGUUUUCAACUCUGUCAUGAGAGUUGUAUUUACCCCAUUAAAGGCAUUGUUAUAACUCCAUGUAGUUAAAACGACUCCUCUGCAAGAGUACAAUAUAAUCUAUUAAUUACAACUCCACAUUCGGGAGUCGUUUAAUUCCAUAAGUAGUAAAAUCUACUCCAUUUCUGGAGUUACAAUUACUCCUCUGAAUUUAACUCCUAGAGUUGGAGUAGUAUUGACUCUGUUAAUAGAGUAAUUUUAACUCUUCGAAAUUUACUGUGCGGCAAGUUUGCUUUGAAUAUUUAAUGUUUACGAAUUUUGUUGCUUUAACUUUUUGCCUAACAACAUGAACUGUUUUCCUUUUCAACGAAGCUCUACGUUUCAUAAAUUACCGUUUAAUUUGCGAAAAAUCUUAAAAUGUAAAGGAGAACAAAUUGAUUUGAAGACUGAACUGAAAUUACCUAACAAUUUGUUUUAUUUGUAUUAAACUUAUUAAUAUGUUUUUAUUAUAAAGUAAAAACAGUUUAUCG